AUGACAAAAUGCAAUUAUCUAUCUGGAAGUUGUCAAAUAAAAUCAAAUGAAAUGAUGAUUUGGGAUGUAAAUAAAGACCAAAAUUAUAAUCAAUUACGACAUACUACAGAAGCUUUAUGUACAAUUUUCAAUGAUCACAGCGAUAUUUUAGAAAUGUUAAUAAAAGAAAACCCAAGAAAAUUUAUGCAAAAAGCACUUAAUUAUUCUGCGAUAAAAGUGAAAUUAAUUCCAAAUGCUGAUGUUCUCCAAGUAAAGUUUUGUAAAGAAAUUGAAGCAAAUAUGAUAGAAUAUGUUGAUUUAUCUCAUUUUGACGGAUACAAGCUUAGCUUGGCGUUAACAAAAGGACAAAUUCCAAUAAGAAUAAAAAAAUAUGGAGAUAAGAUUUGGUAUUACAAAAAUGAUAUUAUUUCAAAUAAACUUCAAUUAAGUGAUCAAAAUAUUAACCAAAUUAAAGGAGAUAAAAACAUAACAACACUUAAAAAUAUUAAACACUAUAAUUUGAAGUUUUUGAAUAAGAAAGUAAUUUUUAAAGAACAUAUUCUACUAGGUACAAAAACUAAUAUUGAAGAAGAAUUAAUCAAUGAAACGCGUCAAAAAGCAGAAGUUGGAUUAGAAUUAAAAGAACAUGAACAAACAUCAAUGAUUCCACAUGAAAUUAUGUCAGAAGUUGAGGACUUUUUUGGAGGAUAUUAUAUUUGGAUAUGGAGAAUUUAUGUUUCAAUAGUUGGUCAAAAUAAAAGUAAAAUGAAAAAAGUUUCACUUUCCGAUGUAGCAAUUGAACUUUUUCCACUUAAUCAAAGAAAUAACCUCUUAGAGUCUAGUUCUAGGGGAAUCACAACAUCUAGGCAUUCUAUUGUAGUAGACUAA